AUCUAUAAACUGUAAUACUUGAUACUUCUAUACUCUUUAACCACGAUUGGAGGAAAAUAAUUCAUGCACGCAUCGCAGAACCACCGAGCGUUUGGUUUCAACAACAGCAAGAGUUCAGAAUUCAGAUUCCUCUGUUGUCUGAACUGCAAAUUCAUAUCAAUCUCUCUCAUCACAUUUCUGGGUACCCCUUAAAUUUACUCAAAAUUGAACUGGGAAGCUAGUUUUUCCAGACACCCAAUUUUCUAAUUUCGCAUUGGGUAUCUUUCAUUUUCGGAAAUCAACACAGAAUUUGAAGAACAGAGGGAGUUAAUUGAAUAAUGGGGAAUGAUAGGGUUACUAAAAUGAGCGAAAAUGAGGGAGAAGAAUCGAUUUCAGAAGACAGUGUUGCUCCCCCUCUUUCUGGAAGUGGGGUUGUUGAAGAGACUGAGACUGAUCCUGAUUUGCUGAAGAAUACGCCGUCGAAUAUUCGAAGAUUGGCUGAUGAAAUUGAGCAAUUUGAAGGUCGUCAGAAGUACCUUGCACAAACUAGGAGUCCAUCUGAUGGGGGUGAUGUUAGGUGGUACUUUUGCAAGGUUCCUUUGGGAGUUAAUCAGUUGGCUGCCUCAAUUCCACGUGCAGAGGUUGUUGGUAAAGGAGAGUAUUUUCGCUUUGGUAUGAGGGAUUCGCUUGCAAUAGAGGCUUCUUUCCUGCAGAGAGAGGAAGAGUUGCUGUCUUAUUGGUGGAGGGAAUAUGCAGAAUGCAGUGAAGGCCCGAAAGGACCGACUAGCUCAAUUACUGAGGCAGAUCUAAUGCAGAACCCUCAAAUAUCUGAACUGUAUCUUGUUGAGGAGGAGAGAGUUGGAGUGCCUGUCAAGGGUGGUCUCUAUGAGGUGGAUUUGAUGAGACGUCACUGCUUUCCAGUGUACUGGUAUGGGGAGAAUCGGCGUGUUCUAAGAGGUCAUUGGUUUGCACAAAGUGGAGGCCUUGAUUGGCUUCCUCUUCGGGAAGAUGUUGCUGAACAAUUAGAGUUUGCUUAUCGUAGACAGGUUUGGCAUAGGAGGACAUUUCAACCAUCUGGACUAUUUGCAGCUCGUGUUCAUUUACAAGGCUAUACCCCAGGACUGCAUGCCCUCUUUACUGGAGAAGAUGACACUUGGGAGGCUUGGCUGAAUGUUGAUGCUUCAGGAUUUUCCACUGUCAUCAAUUUUGGAGGAAAUGGCGUGAAGCUAAGACGAGGAUAUGCUGCAUCUCCGUCUACAAAGCCAACACAGGAUGAAUUACGUCAACAGAAGGAGGAGGAGAUGGAUGACUAUUGUUCAGAGGUCCCAGUUCGCCAUUUGGUAUUUAUGGUACAUGGCAUUGGUCAAAGACUGGAGAAAUCUAAUCUGGUUGACGAUGUAACAAAUUAUCGUCAUAUUACCUCAAGUCUAGCUGAAAAACACCUGACUCCAUAUCAACGUGGCACUCAGAGAGUUCUUUUUAUCCCGUGCCAAUGGAGAAAGGGUUUGAAGCUCAGUGGAGAAUCUGCAGUGGAGAACAUUACAUUAGAUGGUGUACGAGGCUUGCGCACUACGCUAAGUGCAACUGUUCAUGAUGUAUUGUACUACAUGAGCCCCAUCUAUUGCCAGGAAAUUAUUGACUCGGUUUCAAACCAAUUGAAUCGUUUAUAUCUGAAGUUUCUAAAAAGAAAUCCAGGGUAUGAUGGGAAGGUUUCCUUGUAUGGUCAUUCCUUAGGAAGUGUUCUCUCAUAUGAUAUUCUCUGCCAUCAAGAGAUUUUGUCUUCACCAUUUCCGAUGGAAUUUAUGUACACAAAACAUGAAAAGGAAGAUGAACCAUCGGAAAAUAAUUUCAAAUUAUCCUCUGAAUUCAACUCCAGGGAUGAUGGUACCAGAACCGCACAGGAAAGUUUAGGUGAUAACAAGUCAGAAGUACAUCAUGUUCCAACAAUGCUUGAUGAUGUUAACACUGAAGAUCAACUCCCAGUUAAUCUUUUUCCAGCUUCUUCCUCAAUUAGAGAGGAAAGCUCCAUGGUGGGAAGAGUGAGUGCAAUGCAGGGUGGCACUAAUUCUUCAGCAGCAGAUGGUCAGGACCAAUUUUGCAGUCCUGGUGACGCGUGUCCUGUAGUAAUGGGAACCUUGGCUGAAUCCAGUGAUAUCAAUUGUGACACCAAUGAAGACUUGAAGGAUAACAACUCGGAUAAUGUUGUGUAUCCCGAUGUUUCAGAAAAUGUUGCUGAAGUUCUGCACACCUUAGAAACUAGUGACAAAGACGAAGAUAUUCCAGCUCUGAAGUCAGAGCUUAACUUUCUAAAAGCACGGGUUGCACAAUUGGAAGCACAACUUGGUUGCAAUAAUACUAGAGUCAGAUCUUUUGAAGGGAAUCAGGAAGUGCAUCCAGGCAUUUCCGAUCAAGGUGAAUCUAAAGAUGUUCCAACUAGGCAAGAUGAUCUAUCAACGAGUUAUAAACCUUUUAUCAAGUACACCAAGCUUGAAUUCAAGCAGGUAGAUACUUUCUUUGCAGUUGGGUCCCCCCUUGGUGUCUUCCUCUCGAUUCGAAAUGUUCGAAUUGGGAUUGGUGAGGGAAGGGAAUAUUGGGGAGAGGAGAAAAUAAGUGAAGAAAUGCCUGCUUGUCAGCAAAUGUUCAACAUCUUUCAUCCUUUUGAUCCCGUGGCAUAUCGAGUAGAACCACUGGUAUGUAAAGAGUAUAUCGGUAGACGCCCUGUCAUUGUUCCUUAUCAUAGAGGAGGCAAGCGAUUGCAUAUCGGAUUACAGGAGUUUGCCGAAGAUGUUGCUGCACGAUCUCAGUCAAUUGUGAAACAUCUACAUUCUGUGAGGGUUCAAGUACUCACAGUUUGUCAAUCAAGAAAGAAAGACAGGCUUGAAGAAGAGGUGGAGGAUGUCAGUGAAGAAGUGCGAUCUUAUGGCUCUUAUAUGAUGGAGAGAUUAACCGGAAGCGAAGAGGGACGGAUUGAUCAUGUUCUUCAGGAUAAGACUUUCCAACAUCAAUACAUAUCAGCCAUUGGCGCACACACAAAUUAUUGGCGGGACUAUGAUACAGCUCUCUUUGUAUUAAAUCACUUGUACCGGGACAUUCCUGAUGGCCCUGACCAAGCAGCAGGUUUGCAGAGAAGCAAAACAAAAGAUGACAAUGUCUCUCAUAGUUGGUCAGAUACGAAAUAUUUAGCUGAAGAAGAACUACCAUUAACAUUCUCAACUAGCAAUCUAAUGAAUACAUCACCGAGGAAAACCAAAAAAGUUGCCAAAUGAUCGUUGUAGAGUCUGUUAUGUGCAGGCUACAAACCCCGACUAACUCUAGUUCGAGAGUACAAAUGUAUACACACAGGUGAUUUUAGGGCUAUAAAGCUUGAAGCUAAAAACUGGAGUUUUUAGGAGUUUUUUUUAGGUCAAAAGUUGUGUUCUAUGUGAAGUUUGUACAUAACCAGAUUACAGGGUCAGUGGAAAUGAUUUGUGUGUCCAGAUUUCAGUAUGAUAGAAUACACACUUGUAAGUUUCGUGUACAGAUAAAAAUUUUGCAAUCUCAAUCCAUGUAUUAUGAUAUGUGAACUUUCUCUCAAAAUUAUGAUAUGAUUGAUUCCCUCAUUAAAAGUUGUAUUGAGAUAACAAUAUGAGAAUGUGUCUUAAAUUUUAAAGAUU